UAGAGCUACUUCGUCUCUCUCUCUCUCUCGGAAACUCAAUUUGAUUACUUCUCUUCAGUAAGGGUUUUAAAAAGAUGAAGCUUGAUACUAGUGGGUUCGAGACGUCCAUGCCCACGAUUGGUUUCGGCUCCAGCAACGAUAUGCUUGAUGGGUUUUCCACUGUGCCUUCCUUUGAUCUUCCCCGCACUACUGAUUUUGAUGGGUUUCAGAAAGAAGCAGUACAGAUGGUGAAGCCAGCGAAAGGAACAACCACGCUAGCUUUUAUAUUCAAGGAAGGUGUUAUGGUUGCUGCUGAUUCUCGUGCUAGCAUGGGUGGAUAUAUCUCCUCACAAUCUGUGAAGAAGAUUAUUGAAAUCAAUCCUUAUAUGCUUGGUACAAUGGCUGGAGGAGCUGCUGAUUGUCAAUUCUGGCACAGAAAUCUUGGAAUUAAGUGCCGUCUACAUGAGCUGGCCAACAAGAGGAGAAUUUCUGUUUCCGGAGCUUCAAAGCUUCUCGCAAACAUGCUCUACUCAUACCGUGGAAUGGGACUUUCUGUCGGCACAAUGAUUGCUGGAUGGGAUGAAACUGGUCCUGGACUAUACUAUGUGGACAACGAAGGAGGAAGGCUCAAGGGAGACAGGUUUUCAGUCGGUUCUGGUUCACCAUACGCUUAUGGUGUACUUGACAGCGGGUACAAAUUCGAUAUGUCAGUUGAAGAAGCAUCUGAGUUAGCAAGGAGAUCAAUCUACCAUGCGACAUUCCGUGAUGGAGCCAGUGGUGGAGUUGCUAGCGUGUACCAUGUUGGUCCUAAUGGAUGGAAGAAGCUGUCAGGAGAUGAUGUUGGGGAGCUACACUAUCACUACUACCCUGUGCCACCAGCCACUGCAGAACAAGUCAUGGAGGAAGCGGUGGCCGAGUAAGAAGGCCAAAAUCAUUCACCCUCUUUUCUGUUUCUUGCUUAGCUUAAACUUCGGUGUUCACUUAAAUAAGAAUCUCCUUUUUUUUCAUCUGCGAAUACACUCUUUAUUUUGUUCAAACAGCUCUAAUUUAACCUUCAAUUAACUAAACGAUAAGUUUCGAAAAAAAAUGUUUAGUUGAAGAGAUCUUCUUA